CCGGACCGAGGCCAUUUUACACUGAGCUUUGCUGUGUAGAGUCAAACAUCAUAGAUGUAUAUUGUAACAUUUUCAGCACUGUGACUCUGCCGGUGUAAAAGAGUGGUAAAUGAAGCAGGCAGAACGAAAGGUGGGCAUUUCUUUCGACCUGCACUGAAGCAUGGAUUAUGAGAGGAGGGGUGGCCGUGGUGACCGCAUGGGUCGCUAUGGAAGUAAGGCUGAAGAUCAUGACUACAGGGACAUGGACUAUCGUGGCUAUGUACAAGAAAAUGACUUGGGACUAAAUAACAGCUUGACAAAUACCAAACAGCAAGAAAGAAUGGGAGAUUUUACCUCAGGUAAUUUCACGAAUAACCGACCAGGAUUCAGACCAAACCAUGGGAACCAUGGAUCUGAGAGAAACCAAGCUAGAAAAAGUCUCCUACGAAGUCCCCCAAAUCCGAACAUCCACUCAAGAUUCCACCAAGAAGAUAGAGAUUAUGAGCUUGAACCAGAGUUUUAUCCCAGGAGAGAUAUGCACUUAUUUAGAACAGGACAGAAGGUGUAUCUGGAUAACCAAAACCCAGAUGAAGGUGAAGAAGAUGAGGACAAUGCCUGGAGAAGAGUCAGGGGACGGAAAAACUCUCAGGAGGAAUAUAGUGCAGAAUGGAGAGCUGAGGAAGAAAAUUAUACCAGACGUCUCGAUCAAAGACAUAGUUUUGCUGACCAAGUCCAGUCAAGUAGGGAGGAGAUUAGGGAUGGGAGCUACCACCAUGCCCUAGAAAUGAGCCAGGAGGAGCCAGAAUCCCAUGACCAGAACUACAGGUCUGAUACCGAGCAGGCCCAGAAACCCAGCAAUAUUGUCAUGCUGAGAAUGCUCCCACCCAAUGCCACCAUCAACGAGAUUCGGGCUCAGCUGCAGGAGCAGGGGAUCCAACCCAGGGAGGUUCGCCUCAUGAGGAACAAGUCUUCAGGUCAGAGCAGAGGAUUCGCCUUCGUCGAGUUUAAUCACUUGCAGGAGGCCAACCGCUGGAUGGAGACCAACCAGAGAGUGCUCACUAUAUUGGGACAACGAGUAUCUAUGCACUUUAGUGAUCCAAAGCCCCGGGCUAAUGAAGACUGGCUUUGCAAUAAGUGUGGAGUGCAGAACUUCAAACGAAGAGAACAGUGUUUCAAAUGUGGCAUUCCAAAAUCAGAGGCUGAACUCAAACUGCUACUGGUGUCGAAGAGUUUACCCCUGGGGCAGUUAAAGGACUCCGCUCAGGGUUUACUGCCCCUCCCUGCCAUAUACCAGACUGUGGCUCCAAUUCUCAACAUUAGUUCCUCGUCACAGGCUACUGAGGUGGCCAAUGACACUCUGAUACUGAGGAAUCUGGGACCCCACACCACACUGGAAACCAUUUUAGCUGCUCUGGCUCCGUUUGCCACUCUGUCCUCCACCAAUGUGCGACUCAUCAAAGACAAACAGACGCAGCUUAAUCGGGGGUUUGCUUUCCUGCAGCUCACUACUAUUGUGGAAGCUUCUCAACUCCUUCAGAUCCUCCAGUCCCUGCAGCCUCCACUCUCUAUCGAUGGAAAGCUCAUCUCUGUGGAGUUUGCCAAGGGAUCCAAACGGGAUGUUUUUCUGACAGACAGGAGUCGGGUGAGUGUGGCGACAGUAGCAAGCACGGCUAUAGCAGCAGCUCAGUGGGCCGUUACUCAGACUGCCCAGCUCUCAGGUGCAGCUCAGAGUGGUGAUUUCAGUGUGCACCAGCAGGGGGCAUCUGUGUUUGGGCAAGAAGCCGUGCAGGGUGUCACUGUAGAGGCGCAACCAUUUAAAGGGCCAGCAGCUGCUGGUGUGACCGGCCUUGCAUCAUCAGGUGCUUCUAGGGGAGGAACUGCCUCUACAGAAACUGAAUUUACAAGUGUCACCUCCAUGCUGGCACUCACAGUAUCCCAGCCCCAUAUCGUCACCAUGGGAACCUCUACCCAGGCCAAUCAGGCCCCAGUGGAGAUCAUCAGGAAACCUCAGCCCGCUGCCUUGAGUCAGCCAGCCACACCUGGAACCGCUCUGGAGUGUCAGCAAUACCCGGAUCCUGAUGUGUCCACAUACCAGUAUGAUGAGAGCUCUGGUUAUUAUUAUGACCCUCUCACGGGCCUCUACUACGAUGCAAACUCACAGUACUACUAUAAUCCUCACACGCAGCAGUACAUGUACUGGGACGGGGAACGACAUAUGUAUGUUCCUGCUUCAUCACAGACAUCGGAAGACACAACAGACUCGGCGACCUCUGACCUUUCAGUUACACCCAACAUUGACAAGGACAAGAAGGACAAGCCCAAGAAUAAGACUGCACAGCAAAUAGCCAAAGACAUGGAGCGGUGGGCGAAAAGUCUGAACAGGCAGAAGGAAAAUGUGCGAUCGUCCUCUUCUUCCUCACUCAACACAAGCUCUCGGCUGCAGGGAAGACCUGACGACCAGCGGGAGUCUGCCAGCGCUGAUGCAGGCUACGCCGUCCUGGAGAUGAAGGGUGCCUUACUGGAGAGACCACAAAUUCUGUUUGAACAGAUGAAAUAUCUGGAAGAAAGAGAAAGGAGUCCUCCUCGGGGUCUGGUGGCAGGAUACAGUGGAGAGACAGACAGUGAGGAUGAAGGGGGAGACCGAGAGGAGAGACUGACGGACUGGUCUAAACUGGCCUGUCUGCUGUGCAGGAGGCAGUUCCCAAGUAAAGAAGCUUUGAUCAGACAUCAGCAGCUCUCUGAGCUACACAGACAAAAUCUAGAGCAGAGAAGAGCGAGACAAGCCCAGCCCGAGAGACAAGAGCGAUCAGAAACAGAGAUGAAAUACAGAGACCGGGCAGCAGAGAGGAGGGAGAAAGGGGCUGUCCCACAACAACCUGAUGCCAAAAAGAGGAGAUACAGCCCUGUCAGUGGUGUUGGAUCUCAGAUGCUUCCAGGAGGGAUGGAGAAAGGCUUUUUUAUUCGGAACCUCCCGGUGGAAUAAAGGAGUUGAUCUUUGGAAUUCCUUUUCCUUCUGGACUACUGUAAAUGCCUCAUGUGCAUUUUUAAUCUGGUUGUGCAGAACAUGUACACAGUGUUUGUUUAAAGAGCAAAAUUGCAGCUAAGAGAUUUUCAUUAGGAUAUGUAACUUAAAAUUAAGGUCAUAUGGAAAUGUGCAGAUGUUUGUGGGGAAAAAAAAAAAAAAGUUUAUAACUUUUUUUUUUUUUUUAAUUAUUUUUCAAAUCAGAAAGGAACCCUUAGGAACCAGGGAAAUACAUAAAAAGCUAUUAUUGAUAGCACAACUUUUGCUGGAAUUACAGUCGAACCAUGUGAAAUUCUUAUACUUGAUCACAUCAUCUACAGCCAUCUUUUCCCAGAAAGGAAUUUAUGUUUUUGAACCAUAUUAUUGACCCAUAAAAAAAAUGAAUUUGUAGAUGGCAUGAUUUGAUAAAAAAAUAAAUGCAAUUGUGGGAAGCAGAAAGAAUGAUGUUGGGAUGCAAAACAGGGACAAUUCCAAAAACUAUUUCUUGUAGUUUCUUUCUGUUUAUACUUUUCUUCUUUAAACAUUAUUAAAGCAUCAGCUGUGGGUCAUUAAACAGUUUCAGAUUGAUUUGAUUAGGAGUGUGCUAUGCAUUUUGCAUGUCUUAUUUGACAUGGCAAUCUAUGCAGCAAAUCACAGACAGCUGUUGUCUGUGAUGACUUUGAACUGCACAGUAGAUUAUAGUUCAGUGAUUAUCUCGGAGAAAAGGCACAGCAGAUGAUAAUGCUUUACUUGUAUGAAUUUAUAUGUAACUGAAUCACAAUACAGAUGUAUUAGACUGUGUAAGAUGUAUAAGACUAUAUAAGCUGUCAUUCAAUUUUGAAAUGUGAAUUUAAGGUGGAUAAAGUGAGUGAAAGUAUGUUUUUAUGAGCACUAAGUGCCGUUGAUGUUUUUUGUUUAUAUAUAAAAACAUAUAUAUACCGGUAAAUACUAAUUUUUCUCUUUUACUCUUUGAAAUGCCAUGUUCACCACAAAAGGCUAAAAGCUCAUUUUGUUUGGUAAAUUUAUUUUAGAAAUUUAUGAUUUUUCCCACUUUGUUAAUAUAGAACAUUCUGAAUAAGUGCAACUGUGAAGCAUAUUUUGAACUCAGAGAGUUUUUUUUUUUUAUUAUUAUUAUUUUUAUCAUUUUAGAUGUAAAAGUAUCACAAAAUCUGAGCGGAGAGCAUAUUCAGGUUGUAUUUUACCCCAAAAUCA